CAUUGUCUGCGUCUGCGUGUAAAUUUGAAAAUUUCGCCAACUGGAAAGAGAGGGAGGCAGCAGGAUUAACUCGCUAACUAGAAAAUAAAGAAAACAUCGCCAGAGAGUCAUGGGACGACCAAAGAGGACGACCAAACAACGUAAAAACCCCAAGUUGGACAAAUUGGAGGCUUUUCUCGAAGAUUUCGACAGUGAGGUUAAAACCGUAGUUGAAAGGCUGAAGGAGAAGACAAACAGCCUCCUGAAAGAUGCAGACAACUUCUACAACAUGGCUGUGAUUAAGCUGCCAAAGGCAGUGAGACAGAUGAACUGGCUUGAGCAUUGUGGGUCAGAGAAACCAAAGUCACCCGUGUCACCAGUGGAGGAUGCCAAGAAAGUAGAGGAGGCUGCCCAAGUGGAGAGUGUUAUGGCUGAAGUCCAUACUAUUCCCCCCAAGACUGUUAAAAAAGCAAAGUUGAAAAGGGGUGGAGCCAUGACAAGUUCAGAGGAUGAGGAGAACACUUUUACGGCCACCGGGAAGGGUAAAUCAACUAGGAAACCUCCAACGUCAAAGAGAGCCAAAGUACUGUCAGUCAGCAAGCGGAACUCGUCCAUCAGAAAGUCCAGUAGGAAGCCACUGGUCACUCCUUCCAGGAACAUGUUGGACAGUUCCCUCAUGGGCACUACCCCUCUCAUCACACCACGCUUUGACUCCAGACUUCCCAAGACCCCAGCGUUGAGGAUACCCCGCCACAAGGAGAGGGUUUACAGUAUCUCGGUCAACGGCUCCCCCAUCUCAGGAGACGGUAAUGAUAUCGUCAUCAAUGUCCCUGUGGGGAAUGGAGAGUGCAUUCAGUUGCUGGCCAGUCAGAUGGACACUGUGGACCUGGGACAGCUGGAUGAGACAGCCAUGAGGAGCAUCCGUCUGCUUCAGAACCGCCUCACAACACUGUGUGAAUCCUCCGAAUGACCUCUUCAGUGUCUUUUUUUGUUGUUGUACAAGACCCCCCCCCCCCCCCCCAAAAAAAAAAAUCUCUGUAUAUUUCUCUUUUAAUACAUAGUUGUUAAUAGCUGUCUGCUUUUGUGUAGUUAGCGCUCUUUAUUGUUAUGGUUUACAUUUUUUUAAAUGGAUGCCAAGCACGUGGGACUAUACUUGGAACAGGCUAUUUUUCAGGGAUGCAGUCUUCCAUAUAAAAUACAUUUAAAAUGAGCAACAUUAAUAAACCCCAACUACACUUCCCCUCGAAUAGUCUAACAUGUUUGAAAGUUACUUGUGUGCCCUGUGAGUGAAAGAGAAGGAUAUGCUGCAUGCCUUCGUCUCAUCAAUAACACUUUGUCUGCCCUCUUGUGGUUGAGGUUUGCCAGUUCAACUUGUACUGUACAGUGUGGAUGAGGAUUUUUUUUCUUUUUUUCUUACCUUUAUUUAACCAGGCAAGUCAGUUAAGAACAUAUUCUUAUUUUCAAUGACGGCCUGGGGACAGUGGGUUAACUGCAGUGGGUUAACUGCCUGUUCAGUCCAUGAAAUAAGAGGUCCAUGCAUUUUAGAAUUAUUCAGUGAAAUUUUACAAUACUUUGUUUUAAUGUAAAUAUGCCAUUUUGUUCACUUUUCUCAAAGUGAACUCUUUCAACUCUCUGGUGAAUGUCUUUUAUUUGUGUGGUGGAAGUUGGGGAACCACUGCUUGCUGUUGUUUGGGGUGGUUGUUUAUAGCCUAGAUGAAGAUCCUGGGGUAGUACUGGUAAUACAGUACAGAAAUACAACCACCUUUUCAUGUUUUCCCAUUGUCAUCGUCGCUUCAAUAUGCUGUAAUCACAGACAACUAGACAAUACUGUUUGCCUGCUUAGAUUCCCUGAGACCACCUGCUCAUUUGUGUUUCUGGAGGGUGCGUUAUUCAUGAAGACUCCAGGCAAAUCAAGUUCCCUUGGAAUUCAAUUUGUCGCUAAGUAUCAGUUUGACAGGAUUACGUUCCACGAGAUGCAUUGCAUUUUGAUGUUUAAAGUGUACAUUAGACGAUGAGCUACAGCUUCAGAUGUUUCCAUUAACUCUAGCUGUCAUACUGGUCACAGCAGAAGGAGCCCUGCCACGGCGUAACAAAAAUAUGGGCUUGUAGAAGCUUGAUUGAAACGUUGGGGUGUGGGGUGCCAGACUGCUUAAAUAAAUAAACUCUUAUACCACCAUAGCAGGGAUUCAAUCUG